GAAAAGGAUGGUGGAUGCCCCUUUUAGGCCUCUUUAUUCCUCUCACGUGUGUUCAUUUUCUAUCUAUUAGGGAGCAAUCAUGGUGGCAUCUCAGAGGAUUGAAGCUAAUGAACCAACUGAAUCAGCUCCAGAUGUACCUCAUCGGAGAGGGCCAUCUCGUGGUCUAGCAACAACCAAGACAUUAAAAGCCAAUAGAACAAACAAACUGAAUGUGACUAUUUCUUUGGAUGACUUAGCAGCAGUGGGUGUUAAUUCUGAGAAAUUUAUCAGUGAAGUAGGUGUGGUGACUAGGUUGAAUGCUCCUUUGGAAAAGGCCAAAUGGAAGGAGAUAGACGAAGCCAUUAAGGAGAAGAUAUGUGAUCUUACACUGAAAAGAUUCGAGGUAGAAGACACUCCAGUUAUACGAAAAGUUAUCAAGUCUAUGGCCAAUGCAAGCUACCGUAAUUGGCGUGCUCGUUUGCAUCAACACUACAAGAUUUACAAGACUAAUGAGGAGCGACUCGCAAAUCCACCCAAGAAUGUUUCUAUUCAGCAAUGGAAGACAGUGAUGGAUUACUUUGGCAGUGAUAAAUUUCUGAAAAUCAGCCAAAGAAACUUGGAAAAUCGUAAGAGCCAUGAAACUCCCCAUGUUGCUGGUCGGAAAUCAUUCAAGUCUGUUAGCUUUGACAACCGAGACAUGGAAACAGGGAAAAAACCCAAUAUGCAAGAGUUGUGGAAGCUAACUCAUAUGAGGAGUAAUGGUUCUUGGGUGAAUGACAAGGCAAAACAAGUUGAUGAGGAUGUGUCGUAUCUUGUUAAUCAUUUCGUAGAAGGAGAGAGUUCUAACCAAUUAACAUCUGAUGAAGCAUUUAUCGAAGUGGUUGGUGAAAAGUCUAGUGCAAAUUAUGGUCCAAAACCUAUCAAGACUAGGGUGCGAAUUGAAGCACAAUUGGAAAAGGCUACCCAACAACGUGAUGAGGUUAUAAAAGACUUAAAGGAGUUGGAGGUGCGUUUUGAGGACCAGCGUGUGCGACAAGAGGAUGAGAUAUCACGCAUGAAGACUGAAAUGAAUGCUCAAAAGGCUGAGAUGGAUGCGCAAAGAGCUGAGAUGCAAUCCCAGCUUCAGAAUAUUAUGAGUCAAUUGCAUCCUAAUCAAGCUGCAUCUGAAAGUCUACUACAAGCACAAGGUUACUGCACGUUCUAG